AUGCUCUCCCUCCUCCUGGCCGGCCUGACGCUGGCUGCCGCGCAGACCACCAGCGUCGAGUAUCCCACCGCGGCCGAGAUCGAGGCGGCGCGUGCCUCUGUGCUGCCUUACUCGCCAGUAUCCAACGUCAAGGGCAAGGCGUUCAGUCGCUUUGUCGACAUCUGGCUGGAGAAUGUGGACUACCCUACGGCCAGUCGCGACCCCCAUCUGGCGGCGCUGGCGAAAGAAGGCAUCCUGUUGACCAACUACUGGGCCGUGACACACCCGUCCGAGCCGAACUACUGCGCGUCGGCGAGCGGCGACACGUUCGGCAUGGACAACGACAACUGGCACCAGAUCCCGGCGAACGUGUCGACCAUCGCGGACCUGUUCGACACCAAGAGCCUGGCCUGGGGCGAGUACCAGGAGGGCCUCCCCUACGCGGGCUACCAGGGAUACGAGUACCUGGCGGCGUCCGGGGCCAACGACUACAUGCGCAAGCACAACCCGUUGAUCCUGUUCGACUCGGUGACCAACGACGCGCUGCGGCUGCGCCAGAUCAAGAACUUCAGCAGCUUCUACGAGGAUCUCGAGCACCACAGGCUGCCGCAGUACAUGUUUGUGACGCCCAACAUGACCGACGACGGCCACGACACCAACGUCACGUACGCCGGCAAGUGGACGUCGGACUGGCUCACGCCGCUGCUCAAGAACGACUACUUCAGCGACGACACGCUGGUGAUGCUGACCUUUGACGAGGCCGGCAACUACACCUACAUGAACAAGGUGUACACCUUCCUGCUCGGCGGCGCCGUCCCGGACCAUCUGCGCGGCACCACCGACGACACCUUCUACACCCACUACUCGGUCAUCGCCUCGCUGUCGGCCAACUUUGGCCUGCCCUCGCUGGGCCGCUGGGACUGCGGCGCCAACCUGCUGAGCCUGGUGGCCGAGCAGACGGGAUACGUCAACUACGAGGUCGACACCACCACUCUCUUCUCCAACGAGACGUACCCGGGACCCCUCUCGGCGAACGAGUACUCGACCUACUCGGACGUCUGGCCGGUGCCCUUGACCGCGGGCGAGUGCUCGGCGGGCAACGGCAUCGUCGACGUGGUCAAGAAGACCUACAAGGGCCGAGAGGCGACCUACAAUUACACGGCGCCGUUUCCUUAUAACGCCAAGACUGGGAAUAACGUCGGCGUCAAGUAUAGUCGCAAGGAGAACGGCAAGGUCGAGGUUUUUGAGACAUAA